AUGCAAACAUCGGUAGUAGCUUUGCUAUGUACAUUGGUGGUAGGGAUUGACAGUCAAGUCACAGGAGAUUGUCCUCUUGGAUGGUUUCUCCACUCCCAAAGCUGCUACGAGUUUAUCAAAGAUCCAUUAGCUUUGUACGAGGAGGCAGAUAAGACAUGCAAGGGAAAAGGUGCUGCCCUUGUCAGCAUUAACUCGUAUGACGAACACGUCUUUGUCACACAGCAACUGAAGAUGAUCGACAUUGCGAAGCGUUACACAUGGUGGACCAGUGGCUCUGAACUUGAUGGCCGCGUUAAAUGGGAAGGUGACGGUCAGUUCGCUGACCCGAAUUUCGAGUACUGGCUGACCACUGCACACAAAAGUAACCCAGCAAUCCAUGUUGUAUACGCUUACUCAUAUCAAAACCCUGGUUACUGGUGGGAGAAGCAAACCCGAAAUGUGAAGUCGAGUUACAUUUGUGAAAUACCCAGGGCAGAAGUUCACAGACUGGUUCAAGACGAGCGUGACUUUACUUUUGGAACCGAUAUACUGGACCCAAAUAAUGUGCUGACCGGCCCAAAGUUUAUCAUACAACCCUCAAAUGUUGUAAUUACGGAGCGGACAACUACAACUUCCUUGGAAUGUGUAGCCAGAGGUAAUCCCCAGCCAGAUUAUAGAUGGUACAGGGGCGAGAAUCAAACGGAAGAGGUGUUGGCUUCCAAGUCGAUUACAAUCACCAACGGGAAACUGACUUUCGACAAUGUAUCAGAGACAACCACAGCCGGAGCCUAUCAGUGCAUCGCGUUCAACGAGUUCGGGUCGACCCUCAGCGAUAUUGUUCAUAUCACUUAUGGAUACCUUCGCGAGUUUUCCAAUGUACAACCUGGGGCGGUGAACGCAUCGCAGUAUCAAGGAACCUAUAUGAACUGUAACCCACCUUCAUUUAAACCAGGUGCUACUUUUCAGUGGAUGAGGGAGGGGAAGAAUGGGUUGGAAUUUCUGAUGCCUCAACUGAACAAUUACUACUUCAUAUCACAAGGCGGAAAUCUCUACUUCUCGGAGGUCCAGGCUGUAGACAGUGGCUAUUAUUAUUGUUCUGUAACUCUGUCAGCUGGUCAAACAGGCACACUGGCCACCGUCCAGCCUACCAGUUCUCUAAGUCGUGGUAUCAGACUCAGUGUCGGAAGUCAGACUGCGGCAGAUUAUCCCCCAGAGAUACACGACGGGUUUCCAGUAGUCUACCCUAAAAACCCAGUCCGAGGAAUGACUAUAUACAUCGAGUGCUUAGCAUAUGGAAGAUUACCUCUUUACUACACGUGGUCACGCAAGAACAAACCCAUGUCGUCACGAGCACGGGCAACUGACCUUAAUCGGGUACUCAUUAUUGAAAAUGUCCAGCUUGAGGACGAAGGGACAUACGAGUGUCUUGUAAAAUCUUCCCGAGCAACAACGUCUGUAAAUCAGUUUACUUUGUCGAUUGGAGCUAAGCCCUACUUUGUUUCUCCGCUGAAGAAUAUCCAUGCUGACAUCAAUAGUGAACUGACAUGGCGUUGCGAAGCCGUAGCCGUUCCACGUGCUACUUUCACCUGGUACAAAGAUUCGAAACCUUUGCUUCCAAUCCCUGGUCAAUUAGAUAUCACAUCAAACGUACUGAAAAUUAACAGUCUUGAUCCAACUCGUGACAGCGGCAUGUAUCAAUGUUCCGCGGAAAACACGUAUGGAAUAACACUGAGCGGCGGACAACUCCGUGUCCUGUCCGUGAAACCAUCGUUCAUGAGAUAUCCAUUACCCAUGACCAUGUAUGGUGCAAUGAACGGUAAUAUCACUAUACCAUGUCGACCGGAAGCAGCUCCAACACCUGAGAUCACCUGGCUCAGAAAUGGUUCUCCUUUAGGAUCACGGACAGGAUUGGAAAUUCUUUAUAACGGAGACCUUAGGAUAACUGGCGUUCAGCUUUCGGAUGAAGGAUUGUAUACCUGCAGAGCUUCAAACGAAAAUGGCCAGGCUGACAGUAGCUGUCAGCUGACUGUGAUAAACCAGAUGUCGUUUAUACACACACCUUUACCUACGACUGUAGACUAUAACAGCACAGCUUUCUUACAAUGUGAGGUGUCAUACGACACGAGGUAUGAUCUCAUUUACCGCUGGACCCAUAAUAAUCGUGUCAUCAACAUCACUGAAAACGCACACUAUCGACUAGGCGAGAGAAUAAACAUACGGGGUCUUUACAUAAUGUACGCCGAUUUCCAACAUACUGGAUACUACGAAUGCCAGGCACUGACUACUCGGUCAAUUAUCAAGAGCGGAUCAACACUGACGGUGAAAGGACCACCCGGAGAACCCUCUGGAGUCUACGCUGAUCUAAACAGUAGAACCCCUCAUUCACUGCGUCUCAAAUGGACACCGCCCCCAGAUCAUGGCAGCCCGGUGAUUUAUUACAUCAUCGAGUCAAAGACACACUACAACCCUCAGUGGAUAGUGCAAGUAGCAAAUAUCUCGGAGCAGGACGCCCUGUUAUCUGACCCAGUAAGUGGGAUGGACAAGAGAUCGUUCCUUGUUACAGGGCUGAAGCCAUUCAAUGACUACUUUUUCAGAAUUAGGGCUGUAAACAGCUACCCUACUCUCGGACCACCUAGUAUUGCAUCAGAUUCUUACCACCUCAAUGGUGCAGCACCUGUUGUUGCCCCAAGAGACGUAGGAGGAGGCGGUGGCACCGUCGGUGUUCUUACAAUCACUUGGUCGCCUCUUCCACUUGAAAGCAGAGGUGGAUCUAAAAUCGGAUAUAUUGUGUACUGGAGACUGAAGGACGAUACAUCGGCAUACAAAAAGAUUCGGAAGACCGGGAAUAUCAGUCAACAUGUGGAGGACGUCGGUUUAAAUAACUACUAUCUGCAGUAUGAAGUCAUUGUUGGCGCAUUCAACGAGUUUGGAUUGGGGCCUAACAGUUCUGUUGCCAUUGCAUACUCUGCGGAAGGAAUGCCAACUUACGUGCCGAAGAAUGUGAGAGGAGACGGUGUAAACUCCACGGCUAUCUACUUAACUUGGGAUCCAGUACCCAACACACGCUUAGCAAUGAAAGGCGUAAUUCAAGGUUUUGAGCUUAAUGUAGAAGACUUUAAUGACCCCAACCGGAAAUCUGGUACAACAUACUUGUAUGGAGAACAUACGACUGGAGUAAUUAUUGGGGUGGAGCCAAACUCUGACUACUGGGUCACAGUACAGGUUUUCAACUCUGCAGGAGAAAGCAACCCUAGUGAACGUUAUCGAAUCAGUACCUACCUCAGCGCUCCUUUCCAUUAUCCGGAGUAUGUAACCAUAACAUCCCACGGCUCCGAAAGUGUUGCAGUGCAAUGGCGUGGGAUCAGCACGGGGCUCAUAGAGGAAGCCAUUAAAGGCUACAAGCUCGAGUUUUGGCCAAGGGGAGAGAACUUCCGAGCAGCUCAAACUGUAGUUACGGGUAAAGAAACAAAUGCGGUUAUUUACGGAAUCCAUAAAGAUGUCAUCUACUGCUUGAGGGUUCUGGGGUACAGCAAUGGCGGAGACGGCAAGAAAAGUCCAACGCAAUACUUUACUCUGGGAGGACACGUACCUUUAGAUCCAACGACAUCCUUUUUGAUCACAGUUGGUGGCAGCCCAAGAAUAUCAGCGCCCCUGAUCAUCGUUCUUAUCUUUUCAACAUUGUCAUCAUUUUUCACAUUUGUCUGA